AGAAAGGCCUUCAACAACUACCCAUUGCCUACAGCUGCUGGUGCUGAAACAACUUUUAGUGACUUUGAAGGAGCUGCGAUUUCAGUUCCUGAUGAUACAUUAAACUGGUUUCAGGUUGGACUAUUGAAAACUAUGUUCCUGUUGUUGGUUCUUCAGUGGAUAAAUGGUGCUCUGCCAUUAGAAAUUUCACUUCCACUUGAUAAAUUUGCCUUGCCACAAAGUGAGAAGUAUAAUACAGAUGAUGAGAAUACUUUUGCUACAAAGGGAAUGUAUCUGCUUGAGCCAGUGAUGUCAAAAGGAUCCACUGUGGAUGAAACACACAUAAAACUAUAUCAAAAAUCUUUUUACAGUUUGCAAAAGGCUAUUAAAUUUUUUGUUACAUUUAAAAGAAUUAUUUCAGCUUUAUGUCUCACCAUUUAUGAAUUUGUAAUGAAAAUGUAUUAUUUCUGGUAUGGAUAGGAAUCAAUAUUUU